AUGGUCGAAAAGCGCCCACACCCCGACGGCCAGGGCCCCAAUGGCGAUGCUAAGCGCGUCAAGCCGGCGGAUGCGCUCGCAGCAGCAAGAGCCAAAGCCGCUGAGAUAGCAGCCCGAUUUGCCGCGAAGAAGACGGAGGGUCCUACCAACAGCGCGCCCAAAGUCGCAAGCCCGGCACCGGCAUCAUCAGCCGCGAGCGACUCCCAGGCGAGCACUCGAAGCCAUGAGGGCAAGGAUGGCAGCCCUCAAAGGGGGAUCCAAUCUAGAAAACUCAAGCCCAAGGCUGCAGCCGGAAAGCAGAAGCAACCGCAAGAUGAUGAAGAGAUCGAGAAUCCAUACUAUGACCCCAAGUCUGCAGGCCAGGUUCGAGGUCGCGUGCCAAGAACGAUCGUCUUUCACGAGCAAGGAAAGUACCUUGAUCAAGCUUCAAAGCUACGCGCGCAGAGUCGCCUCGAGCAAAUCAAGAAGAAGCUUGCUCAGGAAGCACGUCGUGCUGGACUGGACGAGAACAGCGAGCGCGGCUUCCUUGUACAGCAACCUCCAGACAUCGAGUGGUGGGAUGAGGGGAUUCUCGGCGAUAAGACGUACGACUGCAUCGACCAGCCUGAAAAGGUCAAGAUUGACAGCGAGGACUCCAUCAUCACCAUCUACGUACAGCAUCCUCCCCUUCUCAAAGCACCCCAGGACCAGCGACUCGUCGAAAUUAAGCCCAUGUACCUCACUACCAAGGAGCAGCAGAAACUACGGAGAAUGCGCCGUGCAGCCGAUCUGAAAGAACAUCAGGCCAAGAUCCGUCUCGGUCUUGAGCCGCCACCUCCACCAAAGGUCAAGCGCGGAAACAUGAUGCGAGUCAUGGGCGAACAGGCUAUUGCAGAUCCUACUGCUGUCGAACAACUUGUCGAAGCACAGAUCAAGCAGCGACAGGACGACCACACGACCUCGAACCAGGAGCGGAAGCUCACGAAAGAGCAGCAACACGCCAAGCUUGCUCAGAACCAAGCGAAAGAUGCGCAGAAAGGUCUCUACAUGUGCGUCUUCAAGAUCAACACCCUUGCAUACGGCAAGCACCGGUACCAGAUCGACCAAAACGCCAAGGAGUACUCUCUUACUGGAGUCACCAUCUUUAAUCCCGACCAGAAUCUGGUUAUCGUGGAAGGUGGUAUCCACGGCAUCACCAAGUACAAAAAGCUCAUGCUUCAGCGCAUCAAGUGGCAGGACAACGCGCCACCUACCGACAUACAAGCUGAGAAGCAAGCGUCGGAACCGAAAUGGAUGCGGUCCAUGGACGACGUGGGCAACCUCAAGGACCACAGCUCCAACAAGUGCAUUCUAGUCUUUGAGGGCGAGAUCAAGAAGAACUCGUUCCGCAAGUGGGGAUCGAAGAUGUGCGAGACUGCUGGAGAGGCGCGAGAGCUGUUGGCGAGGAGCAAGCUCGACAGUCUGUGGGCGCUUGCGAAGAGCAUGGAGUGA